AUGCACCAACCGCCACCCAACUCAGCCACAGACCCCAACGCGCCGCCGCAAAUCAGCGUGAACGGAACCCAUCUGCAAGUGGUGGAGAACUUCCCGUACCUGGGCAGUACUCUCUCCCGCAACACCAAGAUCGACGACGAAGUCGCCAACAGAAUCUCGAAAGCCAGUCAAGCCUUCGGUCGCCUCCAAAGCACAGUUUGGAAUCGCCACGGUCUUCAGCUGAGCACGAAGCUGAAGAUGUACAAGGCCGUCAUCCUGCCGACACUAUUGUAUGGAGCGGAGACUUGGACGAUGUACGCAAAGCAGGCACGUCGUCUGAACCACUUCCACCUCAGUUGUCUUCGUCGCAUCCUGAGGCUGAACUGGCAGGAUCGAAUCCCCGACACUGAUGUGCUGGAACGGACGGGAAUCCUCAGCAUCUACGCCAUACUGAGGCAAAUUCAGCUGCGCUGGAGCGGCCACCUGGUGCGCAUGGACGACGAGCGACUACCCAAACCACUCUUCUACGGAGACGUCGCGACGGGUUCUCGCCAUCAAGGAGGCCAGAUUCGCCGUUACAAGGAUACCCUGAAGUCCUCCCUGAAAUGCCUGCAAAUCAACCCCACCAACUGGGAGGAGCUCGCACUCGAUCGACCGACCUGGAGGAGGACAGUGAAGACAGGCGCUGCGAUCUACGAAGCCAACCGCAUCGCUGCCGCCAAAGCGAAACCUGAAGCCCGCAAAUCACAACUUCGCCCAGUAAGCAAUGCCGCCGCACAACCGCUUCCAACCUGCCCUCGAUGUCAACGGACAUUCCGGGCUCUAAUCGGAUUUGUUGGACAUCUUCGGAUUAACUGCGCCUCUCGAACGGCACCAACCAUCGUCCCCCCGCCUGCCUCUUCCUCCUCCUCUCCGCCGCCAACUAACCCUGACAAUUCUUCUGACCCACCACUUCCAUCCUCCUCCUCCUCCUCCUCCUCCUCCUCCUCCUCCUCCUCGCCCACUGCUCCAACGGCGGCCGCUCAGGCGACUGUCCCGCGCACAACAACCGAAACUACCACCACCUCCCCCGACUCCAGGGAUGAGGAUUAG